AUGACGAGACAAAAGUCUUGUCUCCUGGAAUGUGGUACUGGUUUCGCUCCCCUCCAAACCCGAGACAAAGAAGAGCCUUCCCGCACCCAUCUCGAGCCCCUGAAAAAUCGGCCUUACCUGCCUUUGUCUCUCUCUCUCCCUCUCUCCCUCAGUGGCGACGCGGGCUUGCAAACGACAUCUCGAGGUUUCAUCCAUCCUCGCAAGCGACAAACCAUGUGCCAAGGUACCGUCACGACGCUCCUCUGCGGGCACAGGCUCUGCCACUUCUCGGCCCGGUGCGGACGCGGGUGCGCGGAGCCGACGUCCGGGCCGCGCGAUGCGCUGCGGGACACGUGCGCCUGGUGCCACGCCGAGCACAGCCCGGCGGGGAUCAACGACGCCUACAGCCGCCAGCGCGAGGACCUGACGGACCAGCUGCGCGCCGCGGCGCCGGGCUCGCCCCAGGCGGCGUCGCUGGCCAAGCUGAUCGGCAAGCUCCAGGUCCAGCACAUGCAGGCGCUGGCCAGGGCCGGGCGCAUGGCCAGGCGCGGCGGCGCCGUGGACGUGCAGUGGCCCGGCAAGCCGGACGACUAUGACGCCGACAUACUGGCCGGCGUCCCUGGCGUCCACGGCCGGAACAUCUACGUCCUUCAGACGUCCGAUUCCGGCUCCUGA